UACACACACAUGACCACACUUUGAUCAACCAGAGGCCAAGGGUGAAUUGACUCAGAUUUAUAAGUUAACUCGAUCUCUUGGGACUCAGUCAGUCAGUGUUGCAUUCCCAAUACCAGCCGCAAUAUACCCGUGUAGACACAGAUGUCGGCCAAGACGAUCCCGCAGUCGCAGAGGCAGUCCAUUCUGGACCCAUCGGAGAAGUUGCGUCCAGAGGCAGUCUACGAUGGGAAACUGCAGAGUCAGUUCAGGAAUUUCUCGGAGGACCACACGGACCCCAUGAAGGUCCGUGUUCAGAAAACGUAUCAUCAUAUGCACACCAAUCAAACCGUGGAGUUCGUCAGAUCUCGCAUGAAGGAAUGGCUGCAGUUCAACAAGUUCAAGAUGAGCGUGAAGGAUGCUCUGAUCAAGCUGAACGACCUGGUGGAUGAGAGCGAUCCGGACACCAACUUGCCAAACAUCGUGCACGCUUUCCAGACAGCGGAGUCCAUCAGGAAGGACCAUCCUGACUUGGACUGGUUCCAUUUGACUGGCUUGAUCCACGAUUUGGGCAAGGUAAUGGCGUUCUACGGAGAGCCGCAAUGGGCGGUGGUGGGCGACACGUUUCCGGUUGGUUGCGCUUGGGCUGACUCGAUCGUUUAUAGGGAGACCAGCUUCGAAAACAACCCUGACGGAAACGACCCGCGAUACAACACGAAGUAUGGCAUGUACAAGCCGAAAUGCGGCCUGAAUAACCUGACGAUGUCCUGGGGACACGACGAGUACCUGUACCGCGUGUUGGUGCACAACAAGACCAAACUGCCCAAAGAGGGUCUGACCAUGAUACGUUAUCACUCGUUCUAUCCCUGGCACGCCGGUGGCGAUUACAUGCACUUCUGCACCGACGAAGACAUGGAGAUGCUGAAGUGGAUCAACGAGUUCAAUAAAUACGAUCUGUACACGAAAAGCGGCGGUGUCCCCGACAUCGAGAAACUCUGGCCCUACUACGAGAAGCUGAUAGACAAGUAUAUUCCAGGCGAGUUGGAGUGGUGAAGCCCCAUUCUUGAUCGUCCAGCAACGAGAACCAAUCGAUCACCGAUCAACGACAGCGGUGGAAGCGGAAACGAGACGGAUCGCAGGACAUAUCGUAUUUAUCGCUCGACGUGGCUCUCAAUCGUCGGAAGAUCGCUCUACAGUCUGAAA